UCUGCUUUGACGCAUUGAUUGCAUAAUUUCACUUUCAGUUUGAAGGGAGUAUGAGUUUUGGUGUUUUAGGUUUUCUGACACUUCAAUUGAUGAAUCAGAAGGCUUCGACGUUCCAUUUCUGCUUGAUUGGAAAUAGAGUAGACGAAUAAUUUUGAAAUUGAUGGAUUUGUAACCCAGUGAAGGUGAAACGAAAGGAGGAAUCUAUAGGGUCUGUGCUUCGACAGAAGGGAUGGAUAUAACGGAGGUCUCUAUGAUACAUCAUGUCGCCAUUGUGUUCGUGGUGCUUUGGUUCUUGUCUUCGUUCAGUUGGUGUCAUCCUGUCUUUUACUUCAUAUGUUUGAUCUAUCUCUAUCAGGUUCACGAGCGUUAUACUCUGAGGCUGCGGAGGAAAUUACAAUUCGAGGAAAAAAAGCAAGCAAAUCAGAGAAGGGUACUUUCUGAUGCAGAGACAGUGCGGUGGUUGAACCAUGCAGUAGAGAAAAUCUGGCCAAUAUGCAUGGAGCAGAUUGCAUCACAGAAACUCCUUCUUCCUCUUAUACCUUGGUUCUUGGAGAAGUACAAACCUUGGACUGCUAAGAAAGCAGUGGUUCAGCACCUGUACUUGGGAAGGACCCCACCAAUUUUCACAGAUAUUAGGGUUCUUCGCCAAUGUGCUGAUGAUGAUCACUUGGUUCUGGAGUUGGGAAUGAAUUUUCUCUCUGGGGAUGAUAUGAGUGGGAUACUUGCUGUGAAGCUGAGGAAAAGGCUAGGAUUUGGCAUUUGGGCUAAGUUGCAUGUGACGGGCAUGCAUGUCGAAGGAAAGGUCUUGGUUGGUGUGAGGUUCCUCCGUGAGUGGCCUUUUCUUGGACGUUUGCGGGUGUGCUUUGUUGAGCCACCUUAUUUCCAGAUGACGGUAAAACCCAUCUUCAAUCAUGGACUUGAUGUCACAGAACUUCCAGGGAUAGCAGGAUGGCUUGAUAAUCUUCUUGCUGUUGCUUUUGAACAGACACUUGUUGAGCCCAAUAUGCUGGUUGUUGAUGUGGAAAAAUUUGUUUCAGAACCAACAGAAAGUUGGUUCACUGUGGAUGAGAAAGAUCCCAUUGCGUAUGCUAGAGUAGAAAUUGUGGAAGCAGCAGACAUGAAACCAUCAGAUCCAAAUGGAUUGGCUGAUCCUUAUGUUAAGGGACAGCUUGGCCCUUACAGAUUUCAAACAAAGAUUCAAAAGAAAACUCUGACUCCAAUAUGGCAAGAGGAAUUCAAAAUCCCCAUAUGUACAUGGGAGUCGCCAAAUAUACUAAAUCUUGAAGUUCGUGACAAGGACCACUUCCUUGAUGAUACCCUUGGAGACUGUUCUGUGAACAUCAGUGACCUAAGGGACAGGCAAAGGCAUGACAUGUGGCUGCCUCUUAAGAACAUUAAAAUGGGUAGAUUGCAUCUGGUCGUUACUGUGGUUGAUAUCAAUGGGAAGGGAGAAGACUGUUUUGGCCUUGAGGAACCGUUAAACAAGGAAGAAAAUAAAAGCUUUGCUGCAGCUGAAACUACUCAAAAAGGUUCUGAAUCAAAUGGAUCAUCUGAACAGUCUCCAAAAUUUGCAGAUAAAUUUGAACCCAUCAACUUUGAAGGGCAACAACAGACUGGAGUAUGGAUCCAUCACCCAGGAAGUGAUGUCUCACAAACUUGGGAACCUAGAAAAGGGAAGAGUAGGCACUUUGAGACCCAAAUACAAAGGGAGGAUAAUGAUACCAUAGGUAGUGCCAAUUCAGCAGCAGCAGUGUCCAACAAAUAUGACAGUAGCAGCAGUGAUGGAAAUCUAGCGGAAAGUAGACCAAAACCGCUGAAGAUGGUUCAAAAGGGCCUACAGAAACUCAGUUUGUUUUUUCACAGGAGCCCUAGAAGGGAGGAGCUUAACAACACAAGCGAGGUUUUUCACUCACCACAUGUCAACCUUCUGGCAGUCAAUGAGAAGACGACUGGUGUGAAACUUAUUGUGGACGAUAAUGUUACUAUUCCAGCUACUGUCAAAGACCCAAGAGCAGAAAAGGGGAGCUCAAGUCCUGAUGGAAGUUUAUCUGAAAGCCCAGGAAAGGGCAACAUGAAAGGGAUGGCAAAGAGCGUUCUCAAGCAUGCUGGAAAGUCUGCUCAUGGGCUAAAGCAAUCACUAUCAAGGAAAUUAUCGAAAAAAUGCAAAGGGGAUCCAAGAUCAGUGUCGACAGAGACUGAUACCCAAGGAUCUAAAGGGGAAUUACGCUCAUUGUUGACUGAGAGGGGCACUAUUUUAGAAUCAGACUCCUCUGAUGAGGUAUCUACUACCUCUACAAGGGAUUACAGUCAGACCCCUAGAUUUGAUGGGAUCCCCGUUGAUUCAACUUUCAUAUUGGAACAUGGCAGGGAACCUCUGGAUUUGAAGGAUCAAAAUGCCCAGGUGGGCCAUUGCAGCUCCCCAACAAACUCUGUUACUGUCGUGGAGGUUUUUCACAAUGAUGAAGGAAGGACUUCUCUUGAUGGAACAAGAUGCUCUGAUAUGCAUGAUGGAAGAGUAGUUGAAGAAUCCUUGAACCCCAAACCCUCUCAAGCUAACUAGGAAGCAAAGUAAGUCACAGAAUUUUUUGGUGAUCCACAGUACUCUCCGAUGGUCUUCCAUUAUGGAUGAAUACUAAUAUACCAUUUCAGUUUUCAGAAUCAGCUUGCCUGAUGAAGUAAUUGUCAUAUACUUCAGGAUUUGUAGGAAUGAUCAUAAUCGCCUUCUUGUAAGAAUCAUCUGUAAAAUAGUAUCUUUAUUUUAUUUUAUUUUCGGGCAGGCAAAUUGCGAGCCUCUUCUGUAAGAAUUUUUUGUUUUUUCUUUUGAUUUUUGAGAAGUGAAAUCAUAUGAUUGCAAGUGU